GAUGUACGGACGGCAUUGAUUGGUUAAUAGUGUUUCCGGUUCAAGAUGUCUGCCUCCAUGGCAUCACGCUUUUGCCAGAGGUCCCUUCAAAUGGUUACAGGCAUAAAGGGAAUACGCUCUGAAUUUCAAAUAAGAAGCUAUGCGCGGGGUACCCGAAGAGGUGCACAAGGUGUUUUCACUGUUGACGAAGAACGGAAUAAAUGGAAAAAUAAAAUGACAUUUGGUAGUCCUCGCAAUAACCCCUAUGUUCCAUUUGAAAGCCAAGACCCCGUUCAAAGAAGCUUUGUUGACAGACAUUCUGAUAUUUUGAGACCAAGAGUAAUUAAAAAACCUAGAAGAGUAGUAUCCUCAGCAAACAAAAAUGACGACAAUGAAACCCUGGAAACAUCAACAAAAAGAAAACUGCCUAAAUACGAAAAACUUACAGAAGGGGACAAGCGUUUCGGCCAGGUAAUCCUUGCUGCCAAAUCAGGAAAAGAAAGAGAAAAGAAGAAAGUGGUACUCUUGGAGGGUUUCCGGCUGAUAAGAGAUGCCAUCGAUUCCGGCGCCAGUGCCAAGUGCAUCUACUUCAGUGAUACAGACUUUCUGGACCGACUCGGCGCCGUGAGACUCGGCAAUAUGGCGCUGUACAAGGUCCAGUAUAGAGACAUAAAGUCAUGGUCGGAUACACACACGCCAGCAGGAAUUAUGGCGAUAUUUGAGAAGCCGAACCAGGGCGAGUGUCCCAGCCCCCAGGCGACGAAACUCCCGCUGACCCUGAUCUGUGACAAUGUCCGGGACCCCGGGAACAUGGGCACGCUGAUCCGCACGGCGUCGGCAGUGGGCUGCCACAGGGUUCUCACUACUAAAGGUUGUGUGGAUGUCUGGGAACCCAAGGUCAUACGAGCAGGGAUGGGCAGCCAUUUCCACAUCCCCAUCCUCUCCAGCAUCCCGUGGGAGUUACUCAUCAACUAUGUGCGCGACGAUGAUGACGUUUUCAUCGCUGAGACAGCAAAACAGGAAAAAGUCCAGGCAAAAAGGAAAGCUUUCACACCGGAUGACUUCGAGCAACUCUCGGAGGAAGGGACUUACAAGAUCUCUGAAUCCAAGAUGGCCGAUUACAGGGAGAAGUAUGGGUCAUUGAUGGAGGACGGUGUGUUGGAUAUCCAUGAAGAAUAUUUACACAGUGACCAUGUCCGGCACUUUGCUCACGCUCCGAUGAGUUUCGUGGACUAUGAUCACCUGACCUGCUCGAAGGAUGGAGUGACAGUGAUCAUCGGGGGAGAAACCACGGGGGUUAGUGCCGCGGCAAGGAAGUUUGCGUACGACAGGUACGGUCAGAGUGUGACAAUUCCCAUGUCGCCCACUGUGGACAGUCUCAACGCUGCUGUCGCUGGAAGCGUCAUCUUGUACAAAGUACAUCAUCUUUUAGCUUCUAAGAGGAAAUAAAAUAUGGAAAUAUCA